AUGCCGGCUGAGCUGCUGCUGCUGCUGAUUGUUGCCUUCGCCAGCCCCAGCUGCCAGGUGCUCUCAUCACUGCGCAUGGCUGCAAUCCUGGACGACCAGACAGUGUGUGGCCGCGGUGAGCGUCUGGCCCUGGCCCUGGCCCGGGAGCAGAUCAACGGGAUCAUCGAGGUCCCAGCCAAGGCCCGAGUGGAAGUAGACAUCUUUGAGCUGCAGCGGGACAGCCAGUACGAGACCACGGACACCAUGUGUCAGAUCCUGCCCAAGGGGGUUGUGUCUGUCCUGGGGCCCUCUUCUAGCCCAGCAUCUGCCUCCACUGUGAGCCACAUCUGUGGGGAGAAGGAGAUCCCCCACAUCAAGGUGGGUCCCGAGGAGACUCCCCGCCUUCAGUACCUUCGCUUCGCAUCUGUCAGCCUGUACCCCAGUAAUGAGGACGUCAGCCUGGCGGUCUCCCGAAUACUCAAGUCCUUCAACUACCCCUCGGCCAGCCUCAUCUGCGCCAAGGCUGAGUGCCUGCUGCGAUUGGAAGAACUGGUGCGUGGCUUCCUCAUCUCCAAGGAGACACUGUCAGUGAGGAUGUUGGAUGAUAGCCGGGACCCCACGCCACUGCUCAAGGAGAUCCGUGACGAUAAGGUGUCCACCAUUAUCAUCGACGCCAACGCGUCCAUCUCCCACCUCAUCCUCCGUAAGGCCUCGGAGCUAGGAAUGACCUCAGCGUUUUACAAGUACAUCCUCACCACCAUGGACUUCCCUAUCCUGCAUCUGGACGGUAUUGUAGAGGACUCCUCCAACAUCCUGGGCUUCUCCAUGUUCAACACCUCCCACCCCUUCUACCCUGAGUUUGUGCGCAGCCUCAACAUGUCCUGGAGGGAGAACUGUGAAGCCAGCACCUACCCGGGCCCUGCGCUGUCAGCUGCACUGAUGUUUGACGCCGUGCAUGUGGUGGUGAGUGCUGUUCGGGAGCUGAAUCGCAGCCAGGAGAUUGGCGUGAAGCCACUGGCCUGUACAUCAGCCAACAUUUGGCCCCAUGGGACCAGCCUCAUGAACUACCUGCGAAUGGUAGAGUAUGAUGGGCUGACCGGGAGGGUUGAGUUCAACAGCAAAGGGCAGAGGACCAACUACACCCUGCGCAUCCUAGAGAAGUCCCGGCAGGGCCACCGUGAGAUCGGGGUGUGGUACUCUAACCGUACCCUGGCCAUGAAUGCCACCACUCUGGACAUCAACCUGUCGCAGACGCUGGCCAACAAGACGCUGGUGGUCACAACCAUCUUGGAGAACCCAUAUGUCAUGCGCAGGCCUAACUUCCAGGCCCUGUCGGGGAACGAGCGCUUUGAAGGCUUCUGUGUGGACAUGCUUCGGGAGCUGGCCGAACUGCUGCGUUUCCGCUACCGCCUACGGUUGGUGGAGGAUGGUCUGUACGGGGCACCUGAACCCAAUGGCUCUUGGACAGGCAUGGUUGGCGAGCUCAUCAACCGGAAGGCAGACCUGGCUGUGGCUGCAUUCACCAUCACAGCUGAGCGUGAGAAGGUUAUCGACUUCUCCAAACCCUUCAUGACCCUGGGGAUCAGCAUCCUCUACCGAGUACACAUGGGCCGCAAGCCUGGCUACUUCUCCUUCCUGGACCCUUUCUCCCCUGCUGUGUGGCUCUUCAUGCUUCUUGCCUACCUGGCUGUCAGCUGCAUCCUGUUCCUGGCUGCCAGGCUGAGCCCCUAUGAGUGGUAUAAUCCACACCCAUGCCUGCGGGCACGUCCCCACAUCCUGGAGAAUCAGUACACGCUGGGCAACAGCCUCUGGUUCCCCGUGGGGGGCUUCAUGCAGCAGGGCUCGGAGAUCAUGCCCCGGGCACUAUCCACACGCUGUGUCAGUGGAGUCUGGUGGGCCUUUACCUUGAUCAUCAUCUCCUCCUACACGGCGAACUUGGCUGCCUUCCUCACUGUGCAGCGCAUGGAGGUGCCUGUGGAGUCGGCCGACGACCUGGCAGAUCAGACCAACAUUGAGUAUGGCACCAUCCAUGCUGGCUCCACCAUGACCUUCUUUCAGAAUUCACGGUACCAGACAUACCAGCGGAUGUGGAACUACAUGCAGUCGAAGCAGCCCAGCGUGUUUGUCAAGAGCACAGAAGAAGGCAUCGCCCGUGUCCUCAACUCCCGCUAUGCAUUCCUGCUUGAGUCCACCAUGAACGAGUACCACCGGCGCCUCAACUGCAACCUCACCCAGAUUGGGGGCCUCCUCGACACCAAGGGCUACGGCAUUGGCAUGCCACUGGGCUCCCCGUUCCGGGACGAGAUUACACUGGCCAUCCUGCAGCUUCAGGAGAACAAUCGGCUGGAGAUCCUGAAGCGCAAGUGGUGGGAGGGUGGCCGGUGCCCCAAGGAGGAGGACCAUCGAGCUAAAGGUUUGGGCAUGGAGAACAUUGGCGGUAUUUUUGUCGUACUCAUCUGUGGCCUCAUCAUUGCUGUCUUUGUGGCGGUCAUGGAAUUCAUUUGGUCUACACGGAGGUCAGCAGAGUCCGAAGAGGUGUCCGUGUGCCAGGAGAUGCUUCAGGAGCUGCGCCACGCCGUGUCUUGUCGCAAGACGUCGCGUUCCCGCCGGCGCCGGCGCCCGGGCGGCCCGAGCCGGGCCCUGCUGUCGCUGCGCGCGGUCCGCGAGAUGCGCCUCAGCAACGGCAAGCUCUACUCGGCGGGCGCGGGCGGGGAUGCGGGCGGCGCGCACGGGGGUCCGCAGCGCCUCCUGGACGACCCGGGGCCUCCCGGUGGGGCCCGACCCCCGGCGCCCACCCCCUGCACCCACGUGCGCGUCUGCCAGGAGUGCCGGCGCAUCCAGGCUCUACGGGCCUCGGGGGCCGCCGCGGCCCCGCGUGGCCUGGGCGCCCCUGCCGAGGCCGCCAGCCCUCCCCGGCCGCGACCCGGCCCCACCGGUCCCCGCGAGCUGGCUGAGCACGAGUGA